AUGGCUGCUAAGAACUGGAAACCUCGGUACUUCGAUAUAGGAGUGAACUUCUCCGACUCUAUGUUCCAAGGAUGCUAUAAUGGCUCUACGAACGCCAAGCACCCGCCAGAUGUGGAAAAGGUGAUUGAGCGUGCCCAGCGGUUCAAUGUGAAUAGAAUGCUCAUCACUGCUUCGUCUAUUGCGGAAAGCAAAGAGCAUUUGCUGCUUGUGGAGCAACAUAAGGGUUCUUUUGGAUCAACUGUGGGCGUUCAUCCAUGUACGGUUGCCCAGGAGUUCUAUGGAUCAGUGGAGAGCACUGAGCUCUUGGAGAGUACAGAUGACAAGCUUAAACAGCUUAGGGAGAUUGCCGAGGAGGGACACGCUGCUGGCUUGAUUAAGGCGUUUGGAGAGAUUGGGUUGGACUAUGACCGUCUUCAUUACUCGUCGGUGGAGCAGCAGAAGACGAUGUUCACUAAACAGUUGGAGGUGGCUGCUUCGCUUAAACAUCUCCAUCUUCCGUUGUUUCUACAUAUGAGAAGCGCCUGUGAUGACUUUGUGGAGAUCAUUAAGCCGUUUAUUGAGCGGGAGGAGAUUGGUGGCGGCGUGGUGCAUUCGUUUACGGGCACUAGUGAAGAGCUAGAGAAGCUUCUUGCCUUGGGUUUCUAUAUUGGCGUCAACGGAUGCUCUUUGAAAACAGAGGAGAACUUGGACGUGGCGAAACGGAUUCCAAAGGAUAGACUUCUUAUAGAGACAGACGCUCCAUGGUGUGAGAUCAGAAAGAGCCAUGCUUCUCAUAAGUUCUUGAAACCAUACCCUAAUUUAUUCUAUCCAAAGGUGUGUGGUUCUGAAGAGUUGCGUUCUCCUACACCUCCACCAGGAAAAAAGCAACAGCAGCCAAAGCUUGACGAUUUCUUGCCUUACCCUUCAAUCAAGAAGGAGAACUACUAUAAACAUACUGAGGCAACACAGAAACGUCUUGAGAACUUGGGCGAAGCUCCAACUACUGAGGUUGGCGAGUUUGCAUACCCUUUGAUGAAAUCAAGGAACGAGCCAGUCUUCGUUGGCCAUGUGGCAUGUAUUAUGGCUUCCUUGUAUGAGCUUAAGAGCGACGAAGAGAUCGAGAACUUCAUCGAUACCGUCUACGAAAACUCGUGCAAGCUUUUCCAACUAUAA